UUCAAGCGAAUGCAUGGGAUUGUUAAUAUCAGUUAUUAUUAUACACACUCGUUGCAUAAUGCUAAAAAGAUGGGCGAUGUCGAUCCCGAAACGCUAUUAGAAUGGUUGUCCAUGGGACAAGGGGAUGAGAGAGAUAUGCAAUUAAUUGCACUGGAGCAAUUAUGUAUGCUUCUUUUGAUGUCUGACAAUGUAGACCGUUGCUUUGAAAGUUGUCCUCCCCGAACAUUUUUGCCGGCGUUGUGCAAGAUUUUUCUUGAUGAACUUGCACCUGAAAAUGUACUUGAAGUGACAGCGCGGGCUAUUACUUAUUACUUAGACGUUUCUGCAGAAUGCACCAGAAGAAUUGUUUCCAUUGAUGGAGCAAUUAAAGCCAUUUGCAGUCAUUUAGUGAUUGCUGACUUAUCUUCGAGGACAUUACGUGACUUGGCCGAGCAAUGCAUCAAAGUUCUUGAACUUAUAUGCACUAGAGAAGCAGGAGCUGUUUUUGAAGGUGGUGGCCUUAACUGUGUUUUGUCAUUUAUCCGGGAUUGCGGUUCUCUAGUUCAUAAGGACACCUUGCACUCUGCUAUGUCUGUUGUUUCAAGACUCUGCACUAAAGUAGAGCCUAACUCUCCAUGCAUACAAAACUGCGUACAGAGCUUAAGUACUUUGCUGCAGCACGAAGAUCAAAUGGUGUCAGAUGGGGCACUAAAAUGUUUUGCAUCUGUAGCGGAUCGUUUUACAAGAAAAUGGAUAGACCCAGCACCCCUAGCAGAAUAUGGUUUACUUUCUGAGUUGUUAAAACGUCUUAAUAGUGUCGGUGGAAAUGUCAACGUGCAUUCAUCACUGUCGCCAGGACUUCAACCGCUGAGCAUAACUUCUAUAACACCAAACCAAGAUUCAACGGACGACCAUGGCUCGGAAGAAGCUACAACAAUAUCUAGCAGUAAAGUAAAAGCAUCUGAUUCAGGUAUAUCUCCUCAAUCGAUAUCGACGACAAUUUCAUUGUUAUCAACGUUGUGCCGCGGAUCGCCUUCCAUUACUUAUGACAUUUUGCGAUCUCAAUUAUCCGACUCGAUAGAACGAGCUCUUCAGGGCGAUGAAAGAUGUGUACUCGAUUGUAUGCGAUUUGCAGACCUUUUACUUCUGCUACUAUUCGAAGGACGUCAAGCCUUGAAUCGAGGAAGUAACCAUGGCAAUCAAGGUCAAUUAGCUCCACGACCCAGACGUAAUAACUCCAACACUGACCGUACACAUCGGCAACUUAUAGAUUGUAUACGAUCAAAGGACUCUGAGGCUUUGCGGGAAGCUAUUGAGACUGGGGGAAUCGAUGUGAACUGUAUGGACGACGUUGGGCAAACUCUUUUAAAUUGGGCCUCAGCGUUUGGUACUUUGGAAAUGGUUGAAUUCUUGUGUGAAAAAGGCGCAGAUGUAAACAAAGGUCAAAGGAGUUCAUCUCUUCACUACGCUGCUUGCUUUGGGCGACCAGCUAUUGCAAAGAUUUUACUGAAAUAUGGAGCUUAUCCAGAUUUACGUGAUGAAGAUGGAAAAACGCCGCUAGACAAAGCGCUCGAAAGAUCGGAUGAUGGUCACCGCGAAGUGAGUGCUAUAUUGCAAUCACCAGGAGAAUGGAUGUCUACGGAUCACUCGCUUUUGAGCAAAGAUGGGAAAAAGUAUACAUUUUUGGAACCGCGAGGUGAUCCUGAAAUGGCACCUAUAUAUUUAAAGCUCCUUUUGCCUAUAUUUUGUCGAACCUUCUUAGGAUCAAUGUUGGGAAGUGUUCGUCGGGCUAGCUUAGCCCUAAUUAAAAAAAUUGUACAAUACGCUUAUCCAUCUGUACUGCAAAGUUUGAGUGAAACCAGUAAAAGCGAAGAUACUACAUUAACAGUAGCUCAAAAUGGUGGAAACUUACUUAUUGAGGUAGUAGCCAGUGUCCUAGACAACGAGUUUUGGUUUAAAUUUCAGGAUGACGACGAUGGUCAUUUAAUUGUUUUAAAUAUUAUUGAAGAAAUAAUGUGCAAGACACACGAUACAUUUCUCAAUCAGUUUGCCAGACUAGGUGUAUUUGCAAAAGUUCAAACAUUAAUGGAGCAUGAUGUUGAAGACACCUCUCCACAAUUAUGCGGUAACUCAGAGGACCUAGCUUUAUUGCAAGUGUCUUCUAUAAAGGCAGAGUCCCAAAAAUCAACUUCAGAAGAUUCAUUGGAAGAUGCCAAAGAGAUUUUACAAGGAAAACCUUAUCAUUGGCGAGAUUGGAGCCUGUGCCGGGGACGUGACUGCUUGUAUGUUUGGUCGGAUUCAAUAGCACUAGAGCUUUCCAACGGCUCCAAUGGUUGGUUUCGUUUUAUUAUUGAUGGUAAACUAGCUACAAUGUACUCAAGUGGAAGCCCAGAAAACGGAAACGAUAGUUCUGAAAAUCGCGGAGAGUUUUUGGAAAAACUUUUGAGGGCCCGUUCGUGCGUUGUACCAGGAACAGUAUCGCAACCUAUUUUACCCACUACAAGUUCGGUGAGGUUGGUAGUUGGAAACUGGGUUCUGCAGUCUCAUAAGGCAAAUCAACUUCAAAUUCAAAACACCGAAGGUCAACAAGUAACUAUUUUGCAAGAUGAUUUGCUCGGAUUUAUUUUUGAGAGCAACAGAGGAACAAAACAUACAUUUACAGCGGAAACAGUUUUGGGGCCUGAUUUUGCUUCCGGGUGGUCAACUGCCAAAAAAAAGCGUAUAAAGUCAAAGACAGAUGGUCAGAGAUUUCAAAUCCGUAAUUUAUCUCGGGAUAUUUAUAAUAAGUACUUUAAAUCAGCUCAAACAAUACCACGUGGAGCAGUAGGAAAACUCACAGAUAUAGUAAACAAAAUUGAGCUAUCCUUUGAAGAGCAGAAUAUAUCACCUGAUGGAAAUUGGGAAAUUAUAUUAUCUACUGCAUUAAUGGAGCUUUCACAAUUGAUCCAUGAGGAUGGCGUAGUGAGUGCAUUUGAAAUGCAUUCAUCGGGUCUUGUACAAGCUUUAGUUGCUGUUUUAUCAGUUAACCAUUGGGAAAGUCACUCGGCAAGAUGCAAGCGAAGCCAAAUGCAGAAACAACGGGUUUCCGUAUUCAAAAAAUGCAUAUUAGAAGAUAACAUUGACUCUGUUCCGAACCAAUCAAGAAUUAAAAGUACUGCGAGUAUUUUAAUACAGAAACUUGUCUCAGUUUUAGAAAGUACUGAAAAAUUACCAGUAUAUUUGUAUGAUGCACCAUGCACUGGAUACAAUCUACAAAUUCUGCAAAAACGACUUCGUUUCAGAUUGGAACGUGCACAAUGUGAAAAUACAUUGUUCGAUCGAACGGGUCGAACUUUAAAAAUGGAACCCUUAGCAACCAUUGGGCAGCUUUCAAAAUAUCUACUUAAAAUGGUAGCCAAACAAUGGUAUGAUCUAGACAGAUCAACAUUUUUUUACUUGAAAAAACUCAGAGAAAAUCAAAAUGGUGUUUUUUUUGCACAUUCUUUUGAUUUUGACGAAGAAGGUCUGUUAUAUUAUAUUGGUUCUAACGCAAAAACGUGCGAUUGGGUAAAUCCUGCGCUAUUUGGACUUGUACAAGUAACAAGCUCAGAAGGCAAAACGUUACCCUAUGGAAAAUUGGAGGACAUUUUGUCUCGAGAUAGCAUAUCGCUUAAUUGUCAUACCAAGGAUAAUAAGAAAGCCUAUUUUGCUAUAGAUCUCGGAGUAUUUAUUGUACCCAAUGCUUAUACUUUACGUCAUGCUCGAGGAUAUGGACGUUCGGCACUACGGAAUUGGCUACUUCAAGCUUCAAAAGAUGGCGUAUGUUGGACAACUCUUAGUACUCAUAUAGAUGAUAAAAGCCUUCUUGAACCUGGUAGUACAGCGACUUGGUCCAUAAAUUGUGCAUCAGACUCAGUAGGAUAUCGUCACAUAAGAAUUCAGCAGAAUGGUCGGAAUGCGUCCGGUCAGACUCAUUAUUUAAGUGUAAGUGGAUUUGAAAUUUAUGGUCGCGUCAUAGGAGUUUCUGAAGAUAUUGGAAAAAGUGUUAAAGAUGCUGAAGCAAAAAUAAGGCGAGAGAGGCGGCAGAUAAGAGCUCAACUUAAACACAUGACUACUGGCGCGCGUGUUGUUCGUGGAAUAGACUGGCGUUGGGAUGAUCAAGAUGGAUGUAGUGAAGGAACCAUCACUGGUGAAAUACACAAUGGUUGGAUUGAUGUAAAAUGGGACCAUGGUGUAAGGAAUUCUUAUCGCAUGGGCUCUGAAGGAAAAUACGAUUUGAAAUUGGCUGAUUGCGAAAAUUAUUCUAUGUUUGAAGGAAGUUCGUCGAUUAAAACCAUUAAUACAGAAUCUAAAAUAAAAGAUAAAACAAUCACACUUAGUUCACGAAAAUCCAGUUCUACUCCAUCCCUUGCUGAAGCAACUGAAAAAAAUCAAAAUACAGAAGGUGCUUCAAAUCAAACUGUUUCUGCAGACAACCUUACAUGGAAGCAAGCUGUGGAAACAAUAUCCGAAAAUGUGUUUUCUUCAGCAAAGACCCAAAUAAUCUCUAAUCAAUUAUCUACAAAUACGUCACCCAGAGAAACUCGCAUAAAUAACAAGGAACCUAGCUGUAAAAAAAUUCAUAAAGAUUCUCUAAAAGGUGGAACACCAUUGAGUCGUGACCUGGAGCAUGUAUCAGACCUAUCAGCAAUCAAUAAUUCAAUUCCGGCAAUUAAUUCAGCUAUACCAUCAGACCUAGCAACUAUUUCGGAAAAUUUGGGUGAAGUAUCUAAAGAAAAUACAUGUAGCGUAAUUUGUCCGAUACACACGCAUGCUGAGACAAUUUCUGCGAGUCCAAGUUCUUUCCUUCCCAGUACUCAAAACUUAGUUUCACAAGGCACUGAUAUACAAAACCUAUCCAAUAUUGAAGAAAACAAUAAAAUGAAUGCCAAUUAUUCAGUAAAUAAAAUGCCUAAAGAACUGCCUGUAAACGUACGAACUACAAAUAUUACUAGCGUUGUUCAAUAUGUUACACAAUAUUCUAACGAUGCUGUCGAAAUUAUCGAUAAAAUCGAUGAUGGCUUAGAUAUGAUACGAAACAACUCCAAUAAUAUUCAAUCACCUUGUACUAAUACAGGGUUAGAUAUUAAAGAACAUAUAACUAAGGUAUUAAUUGCCGAAAAUAAUCAACAAAGACAAAUACAAUUUGUAAGCGAUGAAUUUUCAAAAAAAAGUAUCAAUAAUUGCAGUGGAACAUUGAAUUCAUCUUCAGCAGAACCAAAUGCGGUUAGGUCUAUUGACGAAGUCAAAAAUUCUCAAAUUUCACCUGAUAUUGUUUCUGUAGCUAGUCAGAUGAGCAUAAGUGUACCCAACCUAACUACUACUACGGUCUCUGAAGUGCCAACAAUAUUAGAAGGUGAUGGGCAUACCGGCUUAUUAGAAACAUUUGCUGCUAUUGCACGUCGUCGUACUUCUCAAGGAACACACAUGCAGGAUAACCAGCUUAUGAGAGCGGAUAUAAAUAUCAAUCAGCAUACUGAUCAAAGCGUUGCAACAAGUUCAUUUCUGGGAAACUCAGUAACAAGUUUGGUCAAAAUGGCAUUGUCAAGUAAUUUUCACUCUGGUUUGUUAAGCACAGCUCAAAGUUAUCCAAGCUUAUCAUCUAAUAAUAGUGAAAGAGUUCCUCCUACAAACCCAUCUAACUGUUCUACUGUACAACAACCUACAUCUUCAAUAAAUCAGACGUUAACGAUGAGUCUAACUUCUACAUCAAGUGAUAGCGAACAAGUUUCUUUGGAAGAUUUUUUGGAAAGUUGCAGAGCGCCAGCAUUGUUAGGAGACGUAGAUGAUGAAGAAGAUAUGGACGAAGACAAUGAUGAAGAAGAAAAUGAAGACGAAUAUGAAGAAGUUGGAAACACCCUUCUACAAGUAAUGGUUUCAAGAAAUUUGCUCUCUUUUAUGGAUGAUGAGGCACUAGAAAAUAGAUUGGCUGGUGUAAGCAAGCGCAAAUCAUGGGAUGAUGAAUUUGUUCUAAAAAGACAAUUUUCUGCAUUGAUACCUGCAUUUGACCCGCGACCUGGCCGCACAAAUGUAAAUCAAACAUCAGAUUUAGAAAUACUUCCUCUAGGUCUUGAUUUACCAAGCCCACAGCAAACUGGGUAUGACUCCAUUGAACAGCCAAUACUUGGUUUAAAGUUACGUGGCCCCGGAAUCGGCAGUGUUCCCGAUGUUGAAAUUGACUUGAAUAAUUCUAACUGGACAAUUUUUCAGGCCGUACAGGAAUUACUGCAGCAUAGUCAAUUAAACAGAGUUGAUAAAUUUCGAAAAGUAUGGGAACCAACAUACACAAUAAUAUACCGAGAGAUAUUACCCGAAGGCCAGGAAAACACUUAUUUGGAAUCCGACGAAUUACUUCAAACGCCAGAUAUGUCAUCCAAGAGCGGUGCGUCCACUUUGUCUCCAAACUCUCCAAUGCAUAUCGGGUUUAAUAAAACGGAGCACAAUUUGUGCUCUGUUGAUGAUGUUCUUGAGUUGCUGAUACGAAUCAACUCUCUUAAUGAAAGUGAACUUGAUUUCGAAAGUAAGGAACGGAGUGUUCCCUUAAUAGCAGACGAACUUUUUGUUAGCAAAAAAAUAACAAAUAAAUUACAACAGCAAAUUCAAGACCCACUUGUUCUUUCAUGCAACGCAUUACCUAAUUGGUGUGAGAAUUUAAAUCAAUCUUGUCCAUUCUUGUUUCCAUUUGAAACUAGACAGUUGUAUUUAAACUGCACUUCUUUCGGAGCAUCUCGAAGUAUCGUUUGUCUGCAAUCUCAACGAGAUCUCAACACAGAAAGGCAAAGGAUACCAAUAAUGAGUCCACGUCGUGAUGAUCACGAGUUUCGCAUUGGUCGUCUAAAACAUGAACGUGUUAAAGUACCACGUAACGAAAAUUUGCUGAAAUGGGCAAUGCAAGUUAUGAAAACGCACUGCAAUCGAAAGUCUGUAUUGGAGGUGGAAUUUUUGGAUGAAGAAGGAACUGGAUUAGGACCAACUCUGGAGUUUUAUGCGUUAGUGGCAGCAGAAAUUCAACGAUCUGACUUAUGUAUGUGGCUGUGCGAUGAUGAAUUGGGAGAAAAAAACAUCCAGGACAUAUCCGAAAUUCUUGAAGGCAAUUCUAAACCAAUUGGAUAUUACGUAAAUCGAAGGGAACAUGGAUUGUUUCCAGCUCCACUCCCACAAAAUUCUGUAAAAUGUGAAAGUGUUUUAAAAUAUUUUUGGUUUUUCGGAGUUUUCAUUGCAAAAGUUUUGCAGGAUAUGCGUCUAGUGGAUAUACCUUUAUCGACAUCUUUUCUUCAAUUGCUUUGUCAUAAAAAAAUGUCAUUACGUAGUUUACAAAAAAUUAUAUCUGAGAGAAGACCUGGAGAUAUAUCUUUGAUAUCGUGUAAUGACUUCUUACGUACUGACUAUAAUAAAUCUAAUUUAUUUGGUGGAUUACUACAUUUAGAUAAUUUAAAAGAAGUAGAUCCCACACGCUAUCAAUUUUUACUCGAACUGCAAGACUUGUUGUUGCGUAAGCAAUCAAUUGAUUUUGACUGCGGUAUAAGCUUGGAAAAAAAACAAGAACAAAUUAAUGACCUUAAGCUAUGCACCAAAAAUGGAUUAGAAGUAUGUCUGGAGGAUCUAGCACUUACAUUCACAUAUUUACCAAGUUCUUCAAUUUAUGGAUAUACACAAGCCGAGCUGUUGCCAAAUGGCUCAUCAAUAAAUGUCACCAUUAACAAUCUGGAGGCAUAUUGCGAACUUCUUCUUAACUUUAUUUUACAUGAUGGAAUUGCUAAGCAGAUGAAAGCUUUCAGUGAUGGAUUUAAUGAAGUUUUUCCCUUAAAAAAACUGACUGCGUUCUCGGCGGCAGAGGCUCGAUUAAUGAUUUGUGGUGAACAAUAUCCACAUUGGAAUCGAGAAGAUAUUAUUUCAUACACUGAACCAAAACUUGGCUACUCCAAGGAUAGCCCUGGGUUCCUUCGUUUUGUAAACGUUCUAUUAGGCAUGUCAGGAAAUGAACGGAAAGCUUUUUUACAGUUCACAACUGGUUGCAGUAGUUUGCCUCCGGGAGGACUUUCAAAUCUACAUCCUCGACUUACAGUCGUUCGAAAAGUGGAUGCAGGUGUUGGGAGCUAUCCCUCUGUAAAUACUUGUGUUCAUUAUUUAAAGCUUCCAGACUACCCAACCGAAAAAAUAAUGAAGGAGCGACUGUUAACAGCAACAAAGGAAAAGGGGUUUCAUUUAAACUAAACAUUAAAGCUUUCUACAUAUAUGAAAACAUUUUAAUCGAUAAGGUAAUGCUAUAAUUUUGCAUAAUCUAUAAAAGAUGUAUAUUAAAUUAAUUAUGAA